AUGGGCAAUUUCAAAGGGCAUGCCCUCCCUGGAAGCUUUUUCCUUCUUUUUGGCUUGUGGUGGUCAGUGAAGUAUCCGCUGAAGUACGCCUGUCGAAAAAACAAGAACGCUUGCUACCUUGGUUCCAGGGCAGGAUUUCAGCGCCUGGAGUUUGUUGAGGGGAUCGUCAAAGCUGUCUUUGCCCUGAUUGGAAUGGUGGCCGAGCAGUUUGUUCCCGACGGACCUCAUCUGAAGUUGUAUAAUUAUGAGGAAAAGCACUGGGAUCACUUGAUGAACUGGCAACAUGCCACCAUGUACCUCUUCUAUGGAAUUUCAGGGUUGGUUGACAUAGUGGCUCACGGGACCAACGCGUUGCCCGUGGCCAUGGACAGGAUGAUGCUUUCCUUAGCAGUGUUCAUCGAAGGUUUUCUCUUUUGCUACCAUCUUCAUGGGAGAGCCAUGCUGGAUGUUCAUGUUCAUCAGUUAUUGCUAUUUGCUAUUUUUGGAGCUGCUGUUUGCAUAUUUCUGGAAGUUUUCUUCCGCGGCAGUAUUGUGCUAGAGAUGCUCCGUACAAGCCUCUGCAUAUUACAAGGCAGCUGGUUCUGGCAGAUUGGUUUCGUGCUUUACCCUCCAAAUGGGAGCCCAGAGUGGAAUCAGGCGGAUCAUACUAAUAUGAUGUUCCUGACCAUGUGCUACUGCUGGCAUUAUGCCUUUGCUUUUCUUAUACUGGCAGUGAAUUACACAAUCGUCAGCUGGGCAGUUCGUUCAAAGGUUAAACAGUCCCAGUCCAUGGAAAUGGGAUUACUGAAAACAUCUGAACGAGAUCAGGAGUCAGAAGAUGAAAUUUAGUAUGA